AGACUGGACGACGAGAUACUGGACUCCAAAGUGUUUACACUGAAUAAUAAUGACCUCAAACUGAGCAAGAUAGUGGCGGUUAGCGGGGACGUGAGUAGCCCGGGGCUGGGCCUGUCCGAUGGGGACCGGGAGCUACUGGUGCGCGAGGUGUCGGUGGUGUUCCACUCGGCGGCGUCCGUCAAAUUUCACGGACCCCUCAAUGAUUUUAUCGCCCAAAAUGUUUACGGCACUCAGUCGGUAAUGCAGUUGUGCGAUAAAAUGACCAAGCUCGAGGCACUGGUAUACGUGUCCACGGCGUACGCCAACUGUAGUCUACUGGAGAUCAAAGAGGAAGUCUAUAAACUGCAACAAAACUCGGCCGAAACCAUACGAUUAGCGCAGACUACCGGCGCCGACACGGACUCCCAGGCCAUGCGGGAGCUGAUGGAGGGUCGGCCCAAUUCGUACACAUUUAGCAAAGCGAUCGCCGAAAACCUGGUGACCGAAGGGUACAGCCAUUUGCCGCUCGUGAUCGUCAGGCCCUCCAUAGUGACACCCGCUGUCAAAGAGCCAGCACCAGGAUGGGUGGAUAACGUGAAUGGCGUGGCCGGUGCCCUACUAUUGGGCGCGUUAGGCAUCGCCCGCACAAUGGAGGUCAAUUGCGAUGCGAAAGCCGACUUAAUCCCCGUCGAUAUGAUCGCCAACAGCCUGGUGGUGAUCGGGUGGCAUACCGGCGCCCACGCGAACGACCGCAAAAAGGUCAUACACCUGACCAGUGGCGUCGAGAACCCGGUGACCUGGGGAAAAUUUCUCGACCACUCCCGCGUGGCGGCCGUAAAGGCCCCGUCCAUACGUAUGGUGCGACCCCUGGCCAAGAACCCGACCAGUUUGAAGGGACCGGUAGGCCGGGUGAACCAUUUGGUCACCAAAUGGGUGUCCCAUGUCUUGUUCGCCUACUUCGUGGACCUCAUACUCACGCUAUUGGGCUAUAAGAGGCUGAUGGUGAAGGUGACCCGUAAGAUGCACCGGGCGUUUGAGGUGUUGGAGCACUUCACGAGCAAGGAGUGGGUGUUUCAUAAUCGUAACUAUUACGACAUACACGAUAGGCUGUCCCCCGAGGACCAGAGGCUGUACUUCUCGGAUAUAAGGCGUUUGGAUUGGCGGAUAUACGCCGAGAAUCUGUAUUUAGGGACCCGGAGGUACCUCCUAAAAGAGGACGACUCUAAUAUCGAUAAGGCGCAGACCAGGAUCACUUAUAUCACGCUGUUUUAUAACCUGUUUCUACUCGUAUUGUCGAAAUAA